GAGGGAUCUCUCGGAUCGGGUCUGCACGCCGGCCGAUACACGAAAAAUUUCAGUGUGUGUGCGUUCGUUCACUCAGUUGACUCGCUGCGAGUACGUAUUAAUUUGGGCCCGUUCGUUUAUUGAUUUUUCGGAGUUGCGGUUAUUCGGGAAUUGAUUGAAAGGACGCGAUUUUUUUUUUUGAAUAAACAUUUUUGGGAUUUUUAACUGUACGGUUGUACCCUGAACUUUGGGGCAUUGACGAUAGGCGGAAGAAGGGUCUCAGGUGCUUCUUUUUACGGAUUUUGUUCUUGUAGGAGGAUCCGGUUCUUCUUCAUGAUGGCUUGUGUUUAGGAUGCGGCCUCAAAAUGUCAUCAAUCAGUCGAUUCUGCGCCGUCGCGGUCGCUCUCGCUGUGUUACUUCAACAUGUUUGCGCAGACUUCGAAUACUUGGUAUCAAAACCAGAAUCCCUGAUACUCCCACGAGGAUACGAGACUUUACUCUCCUGCGAAAUGAACAUCCAACCCGAUAAGUUCCAAUGGAAGUUCUACCCGUCCAGUGACCCCUACAAUAGCAAAGUGAACAUAUUCCUGAGCAACGAUAGCUUCAAGUUAAUCCCCGAGGACCGCUAUCGGGUCACCAGGAAGAAAUCCGAACUGUCUAUUAAAGUAAAUGAAGAAAACGCAGGUGAUUACCAGUGCCUGGCCUACUAUGGGGCAUCUGUGGUAGCCUCGGUCCCGUGGACAGUCACCAUGGCAACAAUGGGCGACCCACCGUACCAAUCGUCUGUAUCUACGUCGGUGCAGUCUGGCAACACCGUCAGCUGGCGUUGCGAGGUACCUGAGUCAAAUCCUCCGGCUUUUGUGGAAUACAACAAGGGGGAUAAGUAUGUGGCCUCCCCGUUGGGUGGAGAUUUCAAAGUGAGGAGUAUGAUAUUGAGGAACGUUUCCGUGACUGAUUCUGGUACUUAUCGCUGUACCACCACGAAUAGCUUCGUCAAAAAAGACAUAGCCGCUACCCUGAAGCUAGAAGUGCUAAAAAACGCACGUUCACAAGCCCCAACGUUUAUUAGCAAACCACUGGACGAAUAUACCGCCACAAAAGGUUCGGACCUCUUUCUCGAAUGUUCGGCGGUGGGCAAACCGAUCCCGAAGACUACGUGGCUCAAAAAACACUCCCAACUGCCUACGAAUCGUAUAGAAAUGGUCCCGGGUGGCUUGAUAAUAAGGAACAUAACAUCAAAAGACGACGGCGUCUACGUAUGCAACCACACCAACGAGUUCGGAAGUCUCUCCCAUCAAAUGAUCGUCAAAUACAACGAGGAGCCUAGCGUGAAUUGUUUUUUGAACAGUACCGACAUAAAACAGGGCGAGAAUAUGGAUAUCGUAUGUGACGUUAAGGGUACGCCGGAACCGCAAGUUUCCUGGUUCCUUAACGGGUUCUCAGUUAUAAACGAUUCCCGUAUAGAGGCCAUAGGGAACAAGAUUUACUUUAGGCCAAUUGAGAAAAGACACGCGGGGAAUUUACAGAUAUUCGCCCGUAACGUCGUCAAAACCGUUUAUAGUAGUAUUAGUAUCAGGGUUAUCCCUUUGACUAGUAGCUUGGACGAAUUUAUUGUGCCUGUAAAUGCACGUCCCAGGCAUAAUCAUAAGAAAAGCCAAAACCAAAAACGUCCCUCCAAACAUAAAACGCCGAAAAUGGUGCCGCCAAGUAAACCGGUAAUAUCCCGCGUAAAAGACGACACCGUGGUGGUCCGAUGGAACGUUUCCAACAACAACGGAUUACGCAUUCAAUUCUUCAAAGUCCAAUACAAAGAGGUCGGCCCAAUCAGGGCCAAAGACAACAAUUUCGGGGGGAACAAGAGUUGGAAUACCGCUAACACGGACAUACCGCCGACCAUAACCUCCUUCGAGAUUUCCGGUUUAAAGUCCGAGUAUACGUAUAAGUUUCGGGUGGCCGCCGUGUAUAUAAACAACGAUUCGAAAAUGAGUGCGACGUCGAAAAAGUUCCAUUUGCGAAGGCUCGACUUUGACGAGAAGAAUCCGUUGCCCACGUGUCUUAUCACGAGCGUGCAAACGUUGAACCAUACCGCUAUACAGAUUUAUUGGGAGUGUCCACCCUCUAACGUUACAGUAGACGGUUUCUACAUAAACUACAUCGUAGCCACCACCGCUGGAGACGAUUACAUGAUCGUCACCGUAGAAGACGGCAAUACCCGAACGUACGUCGUGAAUUACUUGCAGCCGGACACCCAAUACGACAUUAAACUGCAAAGUUUCAACUCAAAGUUGGCCGGGGAGUUUAGUCCGUUCAUGAAAGGAAAAACCGGACCUGUUCCAGCUAGUCCGACAGUUACCACGUCGGCGACGAUAUCGAACACUAAAAAUGCCGGCAGAGAAUCUAUAGCAACUAGCGAUAACAGUAUUUACAUAAUUAUUGCGGGUGCUGUUAUUGGUUGUGCCCUAGUCGUUACCGGAGUUAUUUUGCUUUUUGUCUGUAGGAAGUGGCAGAGAAAGAAAUUGUCAGGUUCCAGAGAUAAACCGACCGUAGACCACCACAUAGCAGCCGAUAGCAACGAUUAUGGGGCGGAACCAAAAACUAUUCCUCGGUCAAAUGGUUGUGCCCUGCCUGGUAAUAGAAUAACUAUCACUUCUAACCCUUUAGCAGAGGCUGAUAAGAAUGCGACCGUGAUCGAGAUGCGUCACCUCGCCAAUAACAACGUGCGUUCGCCACAGGAAAACGGCAGGGAGGACCUCCUGACUCUCCGGGAGAAACCUCUUCGUCGUAAUAGCGAUAGUAGUGGUAGUAGUAGUUGUACUAGUAGGAAAAACUCCGAUUAUGUGUAGCGGUGAUACAGGUCAGAUGAGGAUGAUUUGACAUUUUUCCUGAUUGAAUGGUGAAUGAGCUUUUUAUUCAAUUGGAAGCCUAAUUGAACCGAAAAAAAGUUCACGGCUUAACCUCAUUUUCGAGAGAUGUAUUGAAAAGUAGUUAACAUUGAUGGAGUGUAUAGGCUGGACAGAGUUCGAGGGUAACUUUUGAAGGGUCGGAAACUUUAAAAAAUGCUAUUUAAAAAUGUUUCUAUAAGACGUUUUGACUUCAGGAGCCAUCAUCAGCUUUUGUUUUUCUUAUCGAAUUAGAGCAAAUUUAUAUGUAAAUAGAUUCUACCUAUAGUCUCUCUCUUUUUUUAUAAAGAUCGUAUCCAAAGUAAUUGUUUAUAUAACUCAUCGGCGUUUAUAUGAAACGUAAUUAAAUGUAAACAGAAGUUUUUCGAUUUUUGUAAAGCCUCUGACAGUAUCAAGAUUUUUCUAAUCCAUUGCAAAAAUACUAAAUAACUUUAACACAAUUGAAUUUACAAAAAAAAUUGUAAGGAUCUUUUCGGUGAAGAAACUUAUUAGGUUUCAUAUGAAACUUACAUCAAUAAAAUCGUUUCGUGAGUUUUUCAAAUAUUUACAUUUUUAUAAAGCCUUUGACAGUAUCAAUCCAUUGCAAAAUUGCUCAAUAACUCUAAAUUGGUUGAACUUACAAAGGAUUUUUUUUGGUAAAGAAACUCAUCAGUUUUCAUGUGAAAAUCAAAUUGAUAAAAACGUUAGAUGAAUUUUUGAAAUAUUAUGCCUUUGAAAUAAUUUGUGAAUUUUCAAAAUUAAAAACAAAAUGUUCAAAUAUUCAUUUUUUUUAAUAUCUUAUUUGAAAAUCAAUUCUAUGGAAAAUUCCUUAGAUUUAGAAAUUAAUACACGUUCACUACGGUACCAGUCACAUCGGUCUUGUCAAUAAGACGGUACCAGACAUAAUAUGUGUCUGGUAAGCUUCUUUUUAAUUACGCCGAUACCAGUCGAAUGUAUCUGGUAUGGGUAUUAUACUAAUUUUUAAAAAAUCUUACGGGUUUUAACGUUUCAUUUAAAGUAAUUUUUCUCGAAAACUGCACCAUCAGUAAAGGCCUUUUACCGCGAGCUGCAUAUCAAAAGGUUUUUAAAAAAUACAAAGAUUUAGGUAAAUGUCUUUUAUAUUAUUAAAACCAAGGUUAUAAGCACAAAUAAAACUUAAUUUAAUUUGGAAACAUUGCUAUGCUUUUCAUUGAAGCACGAUAAACACAUCGCGGGUUUAUUUUCGCAAUCAGCGCAAUAACUUGAUACUUUGGUAACCUUUUUAUCUGCUUCCUUACUAUAGAUAAUGUAGCUCGCAACUUCUUAUAGCAGCCUACACAAUUUCGUCGUCUUUUUUUUCCAGGGCCCUGCUCAACAGCAAAUGUGUGUAUUCUUUUGGGAGUAUGUAUUAAGCUUGUAUUUUGUCGUUCAGAACCUUGUUCUGCUAGCGCCUGUCCUAAAGCUUCUCUAAAUUGUAACAUAUUUAGAUGGCUGUCUUUAUUAGUUUCAUUAAAAACCACUUGGGAAUUUACAAUAGUAGUUCCUAGAAUCAACUCGAAAGCCGUUUUUCUGUACCACUUUAACCCUUUACGUAAAGAGGUAUAAUACGACGACAUUUGGUCGCUAAGAUCAACGCCUUUUUUAGCCCUGUCAUAAUCUAUAAUACACUUGGGUUUUAGAAGUGGUUCAGAUUUUCUAUUUUUUUACCGGUGCCUUGAAGGCUUAUGCUAUGGUCUUUUUUAUUUGAGAUCAUUAAUAUUUGCCACUUUAUAAUUUUUAUCCCCUUAUCACUAUGUACUCCUAUCACUUCAUUUUUUUUAAUACCACGCUUAAUAAAUUCUUUCGGUAGGCCCCUUCGAAGUGUACCACAAUAAAACGUCUUUUUGCUUGAAGUUUUUUUACAAGGGGAACACCUGAAUAAAAAUUAUUGCCAUAUAAGAUGCGGCCCGAAUCAAGCAAAUGAUCCAUAAGGUUCAUAAACGUGAUUAUCUAACUGUAUGUGGAUCGCUUGAAUCUUCUUGAUUUUCCUCUCUUUGCCACAAUAGACCUUGACAUUAAUUGUAUACCCUUCCAAAGUACACAACUUGUACAGCUUAACCCCAUAUUUGUGGCGCUUGUUUUUAAUAUAUUGGCGUAUACCUAAACGUCCCCUCCAGGGUAUCGUACUUUCGUCAACGACAACUUCCUUUCCUGGGAUUAAAAUACGUUGGAACCUUAUAUUAAGUAAAGUCAGAAGAGGGCGUAUGCGAAAAAGGCGAUCUUGCGAGUUAGGCUAAUUGUCAUUAUUAUUAAAAUGAAUAUAUUAUAAGAGUAGCAAGAAUCUAUCUCUGGUUAUUUUUGAUGCAAUAUAUUUAUUAUGAUACAGAGGAUGUUUAGCCCAAUAAAGGUUAAUGGUUGGAAUUCUAACUAACCCCAUGCAGAUUAAAAUUCCAAAGAAUUUGUACAUCUCUUCCUCAUCUGUAUCUAUCCAAAGUUUGAGACGAGACUUAUCACGGCUUGUUGGACUAUCUGUUGUAAAUCAUACCUGUUUGUUUCAGCUACUAUUAAACCGAUCACAUCCUUAUCUAUAAAUAGUUUAAAUGUAGCUAAGGGACUACUGCAGUAUUGAGAAGCUACAUUAACACUUUGUGGAAAAGAGUACUCAUUUAUAUUCAGUGUCCAUUAAUAUCCAUACGUCUGUUUGAAGAUUUUCUGCGAAAGUAAAGGCGCUAAUUACUUGUAAAUUUCCAUAAAUAUAGUAUUUUUUAUAUGAUUUAUACAGUCUGAUUUAAAUAAAUUACCUAGAAAUUCAUUAGCCUCGCUUAUAUGAUCAUCCUCGCUAUUUCCCUCAUACAAAGAGUCAUUGCCAUCAUGUGCGUUGGUAAUAGAGGACACUGAAUCAUCAUCUGAAGAGCUAGAGGGGGGCGUAGGAUCGUAAUCAGGAUCUGAACUUGAAUGAGUUCCAGCAAAUGGAUCUUCUUGUUCACUUUCAAUAUCUUCAUUUUCACUUGAACUGUAUCUGCCUUGCAAAUUACCCAAAGCAUUUAUAGCAGAUGUCUCUUGUAUCUCAAUAGAACUAGCUGGAUCUUGGUGCUUCAUUGAGGCUAAAGGGUUUGAUUCCACUGUCUGCUAUACAAAUCAAUUUCCAAAAUUUAUAUUAAAGCUAUAAAAUUUACCUGCAAUUCAGUACACGAUUCAGCUAAUUCGACCGCAGCAGGCGAAUUAGAUAUCACUUGAGGUACAUCUUUAGAUUUUUCUGAGCUUGAAGUUGCCUCUAGCUCAAACGAAUUCUAUAUUGAAAAAUUUUGCAAAUAUUUAUAGGUUAUGGGAAAAAAUAAAAUGCUAAAACUUGCCUUUAAUCUGGUAUCUGGGACAUAUACAUCAUCAUUAUUUGUUGAACAAUCACCACUGACAUUUUGUUUUAAUAAAUCAAAUAUUUUUUUGAACUCGUGAAGUCAUUACUCACAGAAAUUAAAGUCAAUACUGCACAAACCGUGUAAACAAGUUUUACCAGUCACAUAUAUCUGGUACCGCGAAUUACGGGUACCAACCCGCCACCUUACGCGUACCCGUAACUCUACAGUACAGUACUACUCCGUAAAAAAUACAGCUUCCGUCGGAAUGGAAUAGAUGGCAGGAUGAUUACCGUCAGAACAUAAACAAGACUACCAGACACAUAUGACUGGUAUCGCAGCGAACGUGUUAAAGAAAUUUUAAAAUUCUUUAAAUUUGUAAUUUCCUAAAUUAAGAACAACAUAUUUAAAUAUUCACUUUUUUUUGAAUAUUUAAUUUGCAAAUCAGUUUCAUAGAAUUCAGUGGAAAAUUCCCUAAAUUUGAAAAAUCCAGGGCAAAAAUCUUAAAUAUUAAUUUUUUAAAAUAAAUUAUGCAACAAUCUAAUUUAGAAAUCAAUUCCAUGAAAUUCAAUGGCAAAUUGCUAAUUGACAAAUUUCCAAAAUUAAGGACAAAAUAUUCAAAUAUUAAUUUUAGUUCAAUAUCUAAUUUGGAAAUCAAUUCCAUAAAAUUUUAUGGAAAAUUCCUUCAGUUUCCAAAAUCAAGGACAAAACAUUCAAAUAUUCAUUUUUCUUGAAAAAUCUAAUUUACAAAUCAAUUCGGUGGAAAAUUCUCUGAAUUUGGAAAAGCCAGGGCAAAAAUCGAAUUUGGAAAUCAAUUUAAUGAAAUUUAAUGGAAAAUUCUUUAAAUUUCCAAAAUCAAGGACAAAAUAUUCUAAUAUUAAUUUUUUUUUCGAAAAUCUAAUUUAGAAAUCAAUUCAGUGGAAUUCAAUGAAAAAUUCGUUAAAUUUGAAAAAUCCUGGACAAAAUUGUCAAAUAUUUAUUUUUGUAAAUAAAUUAUGAAAAAAUCUAAUUUAGAAAUCAAUUCCAUGGAAUUCAAUGGAAAAUUCCUUAAAUUUGCAAAAUCCUGGACAAAAUUGUCAAAUAUUUAUUUUUGUAAAUAAAUUAUGCAAAAAUCAAAUUUGGAAAUCAAUUCUAUGAAACUUACCCGAAAAUUUAAUUAGUUUGCAAAUUUCUACAAUUAAAGAUAAAAUAUUCAGAUUUUGUUUUUUUUUUGUUAAGAAUCUAAUAUAGAAAUCAGUUUCACGGAAUUCCAAUUUAAAGACAAAAUAUUCGAAAAUUCAUAUUUUCUUAAUAUCAAAUUUAGAAAUCAGUUCCAUAGAGAAUUCAAUUGAGUAUACAAUAAAUUUGCAAAUUUCCAAGAUUAAGGACAAUUAUACAAUUUUUUUUGAAUAACUAGUUUGGAAACCAAUUUCCAUAGAAUUUAAUAGAAAAUUCCUUAAACUUGCAAGUUUCCAAGAUUAAAGACAAAAUAUUAAAAUAUGCAUUUUUUUAUUAUUAUCUAAUUUGGAAAUCAGUUCCAUGGAAAACGUCUUGAAUUUUCAAAAUUUCCAAAAUCCAGGACAGCAUCAAGUUUUUUCUGGUCCAUUGAAAAAUUACUCAGCAACUCUAAAAUGGUUAUAUUUAUAAGGAUACUUGUAAGGGCGUUUUUGCUAAAGAAACUCAUCAGCUUUCAUAUGAAACUAAAAUCAAUUAAAUCGGUACAUAAGUUUUUAAACUAUCAAAAUUCUUGUAAUAAGAUUGAACAAAUUUUGCACCAAACCCCCAUGAGAAAGAAGCGUAGAUUUUUUUUGCACAAUAAUUGAUGAUGGCUUUUGAAAGGCGAAACCUCGUAUCUUUUUACAAUUAUCACGGAAUUUAACCUCCAUUGCAUCUACUACAUUUUCCCAGAUCACCCUUGUACUUAUAUAGUUGUGUAUAUAAACUUAAAAAUAAUAAUUUAUAAUACCCACAAUGUUUACAAAUUAUGUAAAUAAGUUGACAAUAAUUAGUUGUUAAAGCGUCCAACUUGAAAUAAUAUAAGUAAUUUAUAUUAGCUUGUAAGAAUACCUCCCCCCAAUAUAAAAUAUAAUAACGUUCCUACGAAGUGCUCUUAUGCGAAAACGAAAGAUCUGAAACGUAAGGCGGCUAAAAUUAUGAGAGAAAAAAUUAACUGUGAUAUUUUUUAAGUGUUUUGUUUAAUUAACAUUUAUCGUGUUUUUUUUUAAUUUACUUGCCAAUUAUUAUUAACGAGGUUCGAAAGGCAUUUGAUAUCAUGUUCUAUACACGUAAAUGGUCUGUAUGGGAGACAUUGAUGAUGGUAGCUAAAGAACAAAACACUGUUUUGUAUCUAAUAAUGAAAAAACUAAAGACAACCCAGUGGCUUUUUGGCAAGUUAUUCCAUCUUCAGGGUCCUAUACUCAAUAAUUGCAAACGUCACAUAACUCAUCUAAUUGAAUUAAUGUAUUUAAAAUUACUUUGAAGUUGUACAUAUUUAUUACGAAAUGUUUGCAACCUCUUUUUUGGACCAUUUUAAAGAAACUUGUAUGGUAUCGAAUGCACUUCAAAUAACCACUUUCUGAAACAACUAACGUACCCUUAGUAAACUUCAGUUUAUUGUUAGACUGAAGUCCCUUAAAACCGAAUGUUCGUAGAUGAAUCUAGAAUAGAGUAGUGAUAACGAUUGUACAGUACCUUUAUAAAAAAAAUACAGUUUUUGUAAUAGAUUGCUUGAUUUUUUAAAUAAUAAUAAUAAUAUUUGAAAAAGCAA